AUGGAUCUUCACACGGCUGUAAGUCAAGACAGAAUCUUCGAUAUACAGUCUGAGAUUGAGAAAGGGGCAGACAUCAAUGCUCACGACAAAUAUGGCAGGACCCAUCUCUGGCUCGCUGCCAUGAACGGUCAUUUAGAUGCAUGCACGGUUCUUGUUACUAGAGGGGCCAAUGCGAUGGAGCCAGGACUUCUCGAACUUGCCGUUGAUCAAGGACACACUAAGAUUGUUGAACUACUGUGGCCACACUGUGAUUUGAAAAUCUCUUAUCAUCAUUUGGAAAAUGCUAUCGCCUUUGGCUUUCAUGAAAUCGCGGACUGCUUAGUUAAAGGUGAAAUAUUGAAAGAUGGGCAUUCUCAGGACACUGGCAUUAUUGAAGAGAGGUUUAUAUUUGUGAGACGAUCGGAGAGCCUCCAGCUGCAUCUUACCUUUUUCAACUAUGCUCUUGUCCUUGCAGCAAAGGCCGACCGCAACUCUGGGAUUCGGCUAGUGAAUUUGUUGCUCGAGGGCGAUGAACCUCUGGCCGAUGUGAAUUGCAUGAUUAAAAUCGACGGGGACUUCGAGACGCCCCUAACCUGUGCAGCUGGGAAAGGCAACCUGGAGAUAUUGGCUAUUUUGAUCCAGCACCCUGACAUCGAUUUGACACUUUGUGGCAAAUAUGGCUGGCCCGCUUUUCUCCACCUGGUUAUGACUCUCGACUCCACCUCCUCUCGUAAGAGCUGGUUUAUAGCGCACAUGUUGCGCAAAAAUGGGUUCCCCGAUUCAUGUCUGGUUGGCUCGACUGGAACCGACUGGGAAACUGUAUACAAAAAUUUAAUCCAACAGGAGGAUGAUGAACUUGUGGGCGAGGUUUUUAACCUUGUCCGGGGCAAUGUCACAGACACUCCUAUUAUACCGCUACUGAUAAGAACAAAUCAGGCCUGUAAGGCGGAGUGGAUCUUGAAUCGCAAUAUAGCGUAUGCAUCAGAGCCCUCGCCAAGCCUCCUCGGACGUCUUGGAAGGUUUUCUUCGAGUGGCGGAAAUCGUGAUACAAAAUGGGAUAUGGGAUCCGAUGCUCCUGGUCUGUCUCCAGUUGUCAGCUUUUCUUUCGCCAAGCAAUUUUUCUACCCUGCCAACGAGAUCCUACCAACAAAUGUGGCAGAGGAAGCACUGAAAGGACUUUCUAUGUCCAUGAUAAGUCGAUCUCUUCUCGAGCACUGGGCCGACAAGGGUUUUGCUAAAAGAUUGCUAUGGAGCGCCCUUCAAUCUCAAGUAUGGAUGGACGAAGCAUUCGAACUCCUCCUCUCAUACCCUUACAUUGAUCUGGACGAGCUAUUUCUGCGCAGGCAGUGUCCAUGCAUAGGAGAAGCCCGUACGUGUUCAACUGAUUUACCAGAGGACUUUUCUAGCAUUUUGGGCUCCCCCAUGUCGCAGAGGCAGGAGUUCAAUGACCAUCGAGAAAAAGAAGAGGUAAGCCCCCUGGCCUGGGCUGUGAUUAAACAGAACCAUCAGCUGGUGGAUGUUCUUUUAAGCACUUCUGGCUUCAAUGUCAACUCUCAAGAUAACGGAAAGCGAACUCCUCUCAUGCACACCAUCAUUGCCAAUGAUCCCUACAUUGUUGAGAGAUUGCUGAGAGUCUCAAGCAUCAACUUAAAUCUGCCGGAUAUCAACGGAAGAACAGCCGCGUUUUACGCCGCAGGCUUGGGGAACGUGCACAUCUUACAUAUGCUCGUCGAAACUCAAAAGGUGGACUUUUCCAUUCAUGAUUUCAAUGGUGAAACUGUUUAUCAGCUCGCUGAAAGGACCGGGAAAAAAUGCUGCAGCUGCACUUGCAUUUGA